CGUCAAACCCUCAACACCACCAACUCACCUAAAACCCGGCGCGCCAGUCCAGGGAUCCACUGCAUAGACCAAAUGUCUGUUUAAUAAUAAACUUGUCGUGGCUUCUGCCUCAAAAGGGAAUCUAUUCCAGAGGACUAUAGUGAGUUGCCGCAUAGUCUACCAUCCUGUUACACUUACAUCCAUCUGAUUAAAGUGCUCCAAGAGGAUGGUUAUGGCACAAUUCAAUUCCUUCAUCAGAAGGAAGCUGGAUACACUGAAAUUUGCCCCUAGCCACAAGAUGCUAUCUCACUGGCUUUCUAUACUACAUUCCUUCUGAACCUUCUGAAUUUUGUAGUCAGCAGGGCAGUACUCUGCAUAUCGCCAACUUGGACAAUCUUUACAUCUUUAUCAAGCCAAUUAAUCUACAAACCUGUACAUCUUUGGAGUGUGGGAGGAAACUGAAGAUCUCGGAGAAAACCACGCAGAGACCCAUGGGGAGAACGUACAAACUCCAUACAGACAGCACCCAUAGUCGGGAUCGAACCCGGGUCUCUGGCGCUGCAUUUUGCUGUAAGGCAGCAACUCUAUCGCUGUGCCACCGUGACUGUUCUGUACUGCUCUUCACCAUCUGGAUAACAGGAAGGCAUACAUCAGGCUGCUGUUUUUCGACUACUGUCUUUUAUCUUUUGAUGGUCGUAGAAUUUUGUAAUAUAUGUAUAAUUUAUAUUGUUAUAUGUUGCCUGUGUUAAUUUGCCCACGAUGCUGUUGCAAAGAAGAUUUUCAGUGUACUUGUACCUCACUGAAACUCAACUUUACUUAUGUUCUUUGUGUGUCACACUAUAAUAUUUCAAAUUUGUUACAAAAACGUGUCCAAUUUCAUAAGGGUGUGUUUGGCUGCCCAGCCACAUAAAUGUUAUCACAUAAGGAUCCUUUUGAACUCAUGACUGGUAGCAGCAAUGUCCAGAAAAAAAAAUUCCUUUCCAUUAAGGUAGCUAGAUCUUUCCAAGAAACUUCUUUACGGUUGAAUGGGAAGUGAGUCUUGCACUACUGUCCAUAAACUCCAUGCCAUACAUUGAUGCACUAAAUUGUCCAAAUUAACAUUAUCAAUGCAUGGCUCAAUAAUUCCACUAACUCACCGCACUGACAAGGUGUGAUUUUGUAUUCUCACUGAGGGUCAUUUCCAUUCUUCUGUCAGGUUUUUAUGUAGUAUUCUAACAAAUAUGACAGGCUAGACGCAGGAAAAAUGUUACCGAUGUUGGGGGAGUCCAGAACCAGUGGUCACAGUUUACGAAUAAGAGGUAGGCCAUUUAGGACUGAGAUGAGGAAAAACGUUUUCACCCAGAGAGUUGGGAAUCUGUGGAGUUCUCUGCCACAGAGGGCAAUGGAGGCCAAUUCAUUGCAUGUUUUCAAGAGAGAGUUAGAUGUAGCUCUUGGGGCUAAUGGAAUCAAGGGAUAUGGGGAAAAAAUAGGAACAGGUUACUACUUUUGGAUGAUCAGCCAUGAUCAUAAUGAUUGGUGGUGCUGACCCGAAGGGCUGAAUGGCCUACUCCUGCACCUAUUUUCUAUGUUUCCAUGAAUAUAACCAUAUCUCACUUAUUUGUCACUGAAUCUAAACAAAAUGACCUUUCUUGGAGGAAGCAUAAUUAAAGCCCACCAUAUUCAUGUGCCCACGACUUUCAUGCUGGGCAAACAUGAGUCAAUGUUUGAUUGUGGUGGAGGUGCAGGAUAUAAAGACUAAAAAGAGCAAGGUGAAGGCAGAUUGAGAGAGAGACAUCAACUUCACUCUGCGAACCCCGUUGGCUGAUCCCACACGCAACAGAAUGAAAUCCUUCCUCCUCGCCAUCGCUGCCGUGCAGAUCCUCCAUUGCUCAGGUGUGCCAAGCACUAAACAUGCUCUGAGAGCCUCAGUUAUAAAGCUGAACGAAAUCACCGAGAUCACCAACCUGUGCGCAAUAACUGGGAGAAGAGUGACAAAUACUUACCGUACAGGCAAGCAUUCGUACAAUGUGGAUUUGACAUUUUCAGUGAAGGAAACUAUCUGCUCCAAAAAAUCCGGCAUGGAAUUUGAUACGCCUAGCUGCCGCUUCCGCCCCAAGAAGAUUGGUAAGAAAGGGUUUUGCAAAGGCCGUGUGGCAUAUUUUGCUAAUAAAGUGGCUGAUGUUGAUGUGAAAUGUGAAGGUCUGAAGACCAUUGACAGCGAGAGUGACUCAGCAGAAUCAAGUGAAAACAGUUUUGAGGUGAAAAGCAAGAGAACACAAUCAUUUUCAAACGAGAACAUCGUUGAUUCAAGAUGGCAUUAACCAUGGAUGAAGCUCUUGAGAGAUUGAGCUCUGUGAACACAAGAAAACCUCAUUCAAAGGUUCUACUUGUUUGUGUAAAAAGAGGGCACCUGCGUUUCUUGACUCCAACAUUGUACUGUAACCACAAGAUUCCAUUGAUUGUAAAUGUUUUAUACCUUCAUGUUUUGUUUUGUUCUCUUGUAUUGUAUCUUGUGUACUGUGGACCAAAUGGAAGUGUAAGUUUGUGUGAUAUUCUGUACAACUGUUGUCCAUUCUACUGUAGUGAUAAAUGCCUGCCGGCCAACCUCGGCUUUAUCCUGCAUUUGUAUUUUCUGACAAGAUGACCUACUUCACCACGACACAAUACCCAGGUGGUGUCCUAGUUUAUUACUGAGCAGGUCAUUGAACUGGUCGAUCUUGGACACACUGCAAUCGCACAUUCUUGACUUUUAUAACUGCAUUGUUGUUGCCAACAUGUAUAUUAUUUUUCUUGGAAACUGAUGAAUAAACUACAUCUAACAUAUACA